GGAGCCCACGGCGCCCCCCCCCCCGCGGGCGGCGGCACGCGGGCGAGGGAUGUUCGCCUGCUGCCUGGGCUGCCGCGGCACGGCGCCGGCGGUCGACGCGCAGGUCAUUCUGCCCGCAGCCGGGGCGGAGCCGCCGCGGGGCGAGCGCCCUGUGCAAGAAGCCUUGGGCCCGCGGGAUGGCGAGGCGAGCUUGCCGACGAGCCACACGGGCGCGGUGCUGGACGAUGCCUCGAGCGCCACGGCUCCGCCCGGUGCGUCGGGGGCGUCCGCCUGCCAACCAGAGGCAGCGCAUGGCGAGCAGCUCGGGCUCGCGGGCCAGGAGGAGGCCCAGGCGUCGCCGCAGCUCGAGCCCGCGGCGGCCACGGCGCUCCCGCUGCUCGACGAGGACCGGGCGCUGUUCGAGCAGGACGUGCGCCGCCACGCGGCCGCGCGGGCAGGCCUGGAGCAGCUGCGGCAGCCCGCGGCGGAGCUGCUGGCGCAGGUCGGGGAGGAGGAGCGCAAGGACGUUGCACGCUUUUUGUCAGACGAUACGUUGGUACGCUAUUUAGAGGCCUCCGGCCUGUGCCGCUGAUCUGGGACGUUCCAG